GCGGGCCUGAGUGUGUCUGGCCGAGUCCUCCUGUGCAACCCUGCUCCGCCAGCCGCUGGUUUCGCCCCUUACCGGUCAGGCUGAAGAAUUUGUUGUUAACGGACUUCCGAAAAGUUCAAUUUUCUGUGUUCUGGCUGUGUUUUCUGUUGCUAAUAUUUAGUUUUCUCUAAUCUUGGUUGUGUGAGAAGGCACGGCACAUCCACCUAUGCCUCCAUCUUGGCGGAAGUCCCAUGCCCUACUUUAAGCUGUGAAUUUUGGGCCCUGCCGGCGAAGCGCCCCCUGGCUUCUAUGGCCGCAAUAAGAAUGCCACAGUCUGGGAGAUGUCUUGAAGAGUUCCCACUAAGGAUGAAGUGAGCCCUGGGCAUAAAAGUACCAGAGGGAUGUAUGGGGCCCUCCUUUGCACUUUCCAAAACGCAAGCUGUUAAACUGCAUACCUCCAACCCCCUGGAAGCAGCUAGCCAGGCAGCAAGUCGGAAAGCAGGGCAGAAGAAGCCUGUGGCCCCUGCUCAGAAUGUGGGCGGGGCUUCUCCAAGGCGUCGGAAACCGAGCUUCUGUAUAGAGAUGGAGGUCAGGCGCAGGAGGGAUCUUUGGCACUUGGGACAGCUGGCCAUUCGAGACAGACACACCGUCACUGAGUCGCUAAGGACACAAUGAGCCCGUGCUGGAUGGAGAUGAGGCUCCAGGUCGCCCUCUGGAAGGAGGGAAAGGCCCAGGUGAAAUCCAGCGGUUACGGAUGCAGCUGUAUUGGCCCGUGCGUCCCGCCCCCUGCCCGAGCCUGCGGCCACCGUCCACCCUGGUCAGAUAGCGCCGGUGAGCUGGCAGCCAGGACUUCCUCCAAGAAACCUGUUUGCACGCCGCUGCAGAAGCCAGGCCCACAGGCACCGAAGCCGAGUGUUUCACCCCCGGAUGUGUCAGGCUUGUCUCUGAAGAGUGAUCAAGCUCUCCUUGGAGGUGUCUUUUAUUUUUUGAACAUUUUCAGCCACGGCGAGCUGCCCCCGCACUGCACGCAGCGCUUCCUGCCCUGCGAGAUCGGCUGCGUGAGGUACUCCCUGCAGGAGGGCAUCAUGGCCGACUUCCACAGCUUCAUCAAGCCCGGGGACAUUCCACGAGGGUUUCGCUUCCAUUGUCAGGCUGCAAGCGACUCCAGUCACAAGAUCCCUAUUUCGAACUUCGAGCACGGGUGCGACCAAGCGACUGUGCUACAGAACCUCCACCGGUUCAUCCACCCGCACCCGGGCAGCUGGCCACCUGUCUACUGCAAGUCCGACGACAGAGCCCGCGUCACCUGGUGUCUGAAGCACAUGGAGAGGGGCUUAGAAACCAGGCAGGACCUGGAGCUGCUCACCGUCGAGGACCUCGUGGUGGGGAUCUACCAGCAGAAGUUCCUCAAGGAGCCGUCCAAGACCUGGGUGCGCAGCCUGCUGGACGUGGCCAUGUGGGACUACUCGAGCAACACGAGGUGCAAGUGGCACGAGGAGAAUGACAUCCUGUUCUGUGCGCUGGCCGUGUGCAAGAAGGUCGCGUACUGCAUCAGCAACUCUCUGGCCACGCUCUUCGGCAUCCGGCUCACCGCGGCCCACGUGCCGCUGCAGGACUACGAGGCCAGCAGCAGGGUGACGCCCAAGAUGGUCAUCCUGGACGCCGGGCGGUACCAGAAGCUAAGGUGCAAAAAUCCAGGAUUCUCUCAUUUCAACUCUUCUCACCAGGAGCCGAGAGCACACUCGGCCACUGGUGACCGCCCUGCUGGGGUGAAGAUGGCGGGCCCCGGCAGCCGCACGCGGGGGAGAGGGAUCACACGCCUGCUGGAGAGCGUCUCCGGCCCCGCGCCCCGGUUCUCCGGCUGCGAGGCUGCCCUCUCCCCUCCCGUGGCCCCGAAGGAGGGGUACAGCCCUUUCCCACCCCUGUCCCAGUGAUGACGCUUCCUCAGUUUCUGCAAAAACAACAAGCCCAGCUGCCCUUCCGACUGCGGUCUGCUGGCCAGCGGGUCGCGGGGGCGGCAGGCGCCGCUGCCCUGAGCACUGGUCCACCCCUGAGGGAAGCCGCUGGGCUGGAGGGGCCUUGGGUGCGGUUUGCUCCUUUCCCGGGCUGUGUCCCCUGCCCGACUGCGUCACGGAAGUGCCUUUGCAGCUUUGAGUCCCGCAAGAACAAAACCGGCAU